GGCCAAGGAAGAGGAGGAGGAAAAGAAGAAGAAGGAGGAGGAGGAGGAAGAGGAGGAAGAGGAGGAGGAGGAGGAGGAGGAGGAGGAUCCACCGACCAGUGAAAAAGAGAGCGAGAUACUCUCCUGCCCUCGAUGACGGCCUCAGUUUGACAUUUGAGCUGGGAGAAUAAAGGCCCUUGUUGAUUCUCGUCGAGAGGUUGCUCGUUACUCGAUCGAACGACAUCUAGAACUGUUCACUUUUUCUCGGAGCCAGCUCAGGGCCGGGUGGUUUUGUUUGUUUUCAUUGGGCCUUGUGUGCAGAAGUGUAUCCUAAGGUGGAUCGAGAAUUUGAGAUUCAAGCCCCACCAGAAGAUUAACUCAAACAUCCCUUGUGAGAGCGAAUGAGUUUGUCACUCCUCGGUCACCACCAUUCACCAAGUCACCAAGACAGUUCGACAGUCUGUCUCCUCCGAGUUGAUUGAAGGACGUGAAGAAUACGAACCAGAAUGCUCAUUCAUUGACAUCGAUUGGGUCGUCAUUCACUAUUGGCACACAUUCGGGCGCCUCCAUUGAUUGGUGUGUUUCUGGAUCAAAAAGACUGUUUCUUUCUGCAAGUAAGAUGACGUGCUUCUUCCAAAGUUACCAGACGCUCAUCUUAGUUCUACUCAUAACAGGUCUGUGCCGCGGAUCCCAUCUCUUGGUGAAGCGACAAUCCUUCGACCAAAACGAGCUCCGCAUCCUACCCGAGGGCCCACAACACAAACCCGUUGGGAAGAAUUUCCUAUUAACAUGCAAAGCCAAUGUCAAAAACCCUGAGCUCGUCAGGGAUCUCAAAUGGUUUGGACCAGGAGGACAGAAAGUUCCCGAAGACGAUCGGAAUUACAGCGAAAGGAUCUAUACCGAGGAGAAGCCUGGGGACGCGGCCAUCAUGUUGUUCAUCAAACAUCUCCGAGAAGAAGAGUCUGGUCUCUACACGUGCGAGGGAAUCUAUGCCAACAACGAAAAAAUGACGGCACAAGUCCAGAUUUCGACCUACAUUGGAAUCACUUGGGACGAUGCUCCCGAGGAGCAGAAUGCCGUGAUCUACACGGACUACAAGAUCCGAUGCGUGGUCAGAGCAUCACCUACCGCCACCAUCGAUUGGUUAAAAGAAAGCCUGAUCAUCUCAACGGGCAAUCGCUACGUGAUCGAAACGGAUGGCCUGCUCAUCAAAGACAUAACCCAGGAAGAUGCUGGCACCUACACAUGUCGGGCCAAGGUCCUGGAGAGAGGAAGCCUCGAGGAGAGAGACAUCAAAUUAGAGGUUCAUGUACCCCCUGCUUGGAUCGAACAGCCUUCGGACGUAAAAGGGAUCGAACAGGGUAAAGCCGAUUUCUAUUGCAACUCGGCCGGCACCCCCAAUCCCGUUUACACAUGGGUCGACUGGGAGGGGCGCCCGGCCCUGUCUAAAGAGGGCUGGACCUUAGAAAAGGACACGGGUCAUUUGAUCGCCCAUCAUCUCAAACGGGAAGAUGAGGGCGAGUACACGUGCAUUGCCGAGAACCCGGCCGGUCGAAUUGAAGCCAAGGCCAUGUUGGAUGUGGUGAUCAAGCCGAAGAUCCAGGAAUUGUACAACAAGACUUUGUCCGUGGGGACAAACCGAGGUAGCAUUAUUUGCAAGGCUUCCGGAGAUCCCCUACCGGAAAUUAUUUGGCGGAAAUGGUCCCAAAAUGAGCCCUACAUUCCGGGUGGACAGCCUUUGGAUGAUCGAAUUUACGUAGAGAACAGUCUGGAACGAGCGCCUGAUUAUACCGAAGGAGAAACUGAAUGGCGUGUGUCAGAAAUCGUCAUCAGUGACAUUAAGAGAAAGGACGACGGCCUUUACGAAUGCCAGGCUCGGAAUGAAGGUGGAGAGUUCUUCAAAUCCGGUCAUAUUCAGGUGGAGUUUGCUCCCACAUUUGAAGAGACUCCUGUGUCCAAGGAAUACAGUUGGGAUCAGCAUCCGAUCAAUCUGACUUGCAUCGCCACGGCCAUUCCCAACGCCACAAUCACCUGGUUCUAUAGGGAACGGGAAAUCGGAAAAGAGAUCAUUGACAGAAAUUAUCAGAUCAUUGGCGAAGGACCCCGAAGUGACCUCAAGGUCACUCCCUUGGAGGCUGAGUAUUAUGGACGGUACACUUGCGAGGCCAAGAACCAGUAUGGCCAGGCGCAACAUGAAAUUGAACUUCAAGAGGCUCGUGAACCAAGCCGGAUCCAACAAGCAGUGGCUGAUAAAACCACCGCCACCACCAUCCAAUUUCGAUUCGUGUCCCCGUCUGACACCGGAGGUCUCCCCAUUGAAGCUUAUGCAGCUGAGUACAAGGAGGCCACCAAGGAGUGGAACGAUGCCGACAGGCGUGUCUGGCCAGCCAGUGAAAACGGCGUCUAUAUUUUGGAAAACCUUUAUCCAAGAACGACGUAUGAUUUCCGUUUCGGCGCCAAGAACCUGGUGGGCUACUCCGAAUGGAGUGCUGGCCAACAGUACACCAUGCCUCAACGAGGACCCCCAGAAGCGCCCAAGAUCGACAUCCGGCGUCAUAACGUGACCAACAACGUUCUGACCAUCUCGAGUCCGACCCGUUAUGAGAUUUCAUGGAUGCUGCCCGAGGACAACGGUGAGCCCGUGGACUACUUUGAGAUCUCGUUCUACCCGGUGGCCUAUAAUACGGAGACGAUGUCUUGGAGUGAGAGGGGCAAUUUGUUCCGCACUGAGGUGCCUCAUCCGGGAAAUGUUAGAUUCGAGCUCAAGGGUCUCUAUCCGGAUACCUAUCACAUGGUCGAGAUCCGGGCUCAUAACCAUUUGGGAUUCUCUCCAUCUAGUACAAUCAUCAUCAAAACAGCUCAAGGGGAAGGAUCGUCAGUGGUUCCUUGGCAAGCCCAGAAAGCUUCCGUUCCCGUGGGCAUCAUUUUGGGCGUGAUCUUGAUCGUCCUUUUGAUUGGAUGCAUCAUUGCGGAUGUCAUCUGUUGCAAAGUCAAUCAAGCAGGAGUCACAUAUCUCAUUUCCGAGCGAGCUUUAAGAGCUUCCAAAGCCAAGAAGAGAAACAGUCAGUAUGUAUAUGAAAGGGUCCCUCGCGAAAAGCCACCCCGCGAAAAGCGACCCCACAUCGAACCUAAUCGAACGAUAGGGCCUUCGGAAUCACACUCGAGUUCAAUUCCAAAUACGCUCUACACUAGCGAUGGUUACCUUCAACCCGCCACACUGACUAGGGAUGUCAAGAAGAAACCCACACCCCCAAAACCCAUUCGAAGUAGCAAGCUAGAGAAGACAAAGUCACGCAAAAUCACUUCGGAAGAAAUGAGACCCACCGCAAAAAACAACGUUCAAGAAACUUAUCCUACCAAAUUGGCUAAAACUCAUUACAAGAGCGAUUCAAACCUGGCAGAUCCACGGGAAAAAAAUCCCCGCUCUAGUGAUGAUCAAACCCCUUGGCCUCCAGUGGACCAAUAUGCCUAUCAGAAUCAUCCAUGGUCCAAAGGGAACCCUGCUCUUGCUGCGCAUUCGCGAGGGUUCCACUCAGAAUGGGUAUUGCUACAACCUCAUGAAAAUCUUGAGCCAAGGAAUUCUCUCAUGGAGGACCUUGAUCCUUGCAUUUGGCGCGAUAAGGCUGCCGAAAGGGAUCGAAUUCAAUCGAGGCAGUCCCUACCGGAGCCCAUAUAUUCUUCCAUAAGUGAUGAAGAUGACCCAUCGACAGAUCAAGGAAGCAGGCAAAUUAAGAGAAAACGGUUUGAACCUCCCAACUCUCCACUUGCCAAAAGUCACCAUGGCCACACUGAUAAUGCUCAUGCCAUGCUCAAGGGCUCGACACAAGCUUACCAUUCUAUGUUUAAUGUAGGCAAUGAAGAUGCAGAAUCGGAUGAAGCUGCUGAAGAAAGAAUGCGACAGUUUAUGCUCCAAAAGGCAAAUUCCUCCACGACCUCGUCUUCAACAACGACGGUGGGAUCUGUUUCGCGAAAAAAACCUGCUUGGAUCACGAGAAUACAAAAUCGUAAGAAAGAUUCAUCCUCGUCCUCAGAUGAGGCUGCAAACAGGCGGUCACAGCGACGACCGCGACAAAUGAUAGCCAAUUUGGAGGUCCAACCUCGUGGAGACCCUCAGGGAUUGAAAACUCGAAAGCCGACUAACAUGGUGGCCAACGGGUCCAAUUCGCUCCAAACGAAGAAUUCUUCCCAUCUCUUGAGUUCCCAACAAGAGAAUAGCCAAAAGUACGAUCGAGAUAGGCACCGAUGUUCAGAUAGAAUACCCGAACCUAUGAAAUCGAAACCGGGAACAGCCUUCCUCGUUCAAAAUACUGGUAACACAUCCAGCUUCUCCAACAGUUCUCAUGCAGGAAAUGAUCCAGUGCUGUACCUUUCGUCCCCUUCCUUGUCAAUUCGUUCGAAUGCCAAAGGCUAUUCGAGCCCUUUUCAAAGAGGAGAGCAAUUGGAAUUGAGAUCCAUUAGAAAGCCCAACCGAGAUCCCUCGCAACAAAUGACCAUCACGAACCCAAGAAAAUGAUCCCCUCUUGCUCGAGGGGUCCAAGCGCAACAUGAUCGUGGCCAUGUCUAAAAACGGAAACGGAACUCACGUGCGUGUUAGCCAGGAUGUGGCAGUGUGACCAAACGGAUUCAAAUCAUUGAACUGUGCCAAAUGAAACCAGAAAGUGUGCGCUCGUGCGUCUCCUCCUGCGCACGCCAUUGGUUGCUUACAAGAACACUGUUGAACAGUAUUUAAACAACUAUCCGCCGAACCCAUCUUUCACAACAUUUUCCUGAACGGCACCCUUGUAUCCCAGAUAAUCACAUACAAAAAAUUACAAGUGCCAUCCGCGACUUGCAUAUAUUGUUUGAGAUCUACGUAUUUCUGGUGUCGUGAAAAUUAAGUGUCAUUAGUUCAAAAGGCUCUUCAAAGGUCGAUCUAGACGAAAAAAGAUUUGUCACCGACCUUCUGUUAUCAAUAUGUUGCUAUUAUAUUUAUUUACAAUAACGUGUUUUCACAAUAUUUCUUCAUUCACUCGUUACCGUUUCGGAGUCCUCUGCUCUUGCUUUUCUAUCUUUUGCUCAAUACUUACUUUCGCGUGUACAAAGACCCUGCCUUCUUUGAAUUUUGAGCUUUCAUUUGUCUGCUUCACCGACUCAACAUUGUGUUUCUUCAAUCUUGAGGGAGGGUUGGCAAACCCUCAACUUUAAAAUUUUCUUCAAUCUUGAGGGAGGGUUGGCAAACCCUCAACUUUAAAGUUGGUAAUAUGACCCUAGUUACCAGAUAGUUAUUGAUUUGUCCCAAUAAUGUCCACCAGACCCAAAAUCACCGCCACCGCCGCCACCAUCACCUCCCCUAAUUCAGCUGUGAACAAAACGUACCAGAGUAACUGAUACUAUUUUUCGAAUAUCAUCUAAUGUGUGUUCAAACCUGCCGGAGAGUUCCUUUUAAAGAGGAACUCUAGCAACUAUACCCGUUCUGUAGAAUCCACACGAUUUGCAAAAACCCUCUAUGAUUAUGUCAUAUAUGGCGUAGAGGUAGGUGGUCCUUCUUUGUGUAGUCCACUAGUGGUCGUCAGUGACUUUGAUGUUCAUGAUUUAACAGUGCAUCUGAUUGAUUGAAUAAACGAACAUGAAUAUACUGUUAACAAGCUGA